UAUAUUUAGGAGCUUCUAUCUUUCUGUUCACUCAGUGUAAGCACAUAUGCAUUCUGAAAAUAAUGAAAUAAUACAUUUGGGCAGAAACAUUUACAACCUGUUAUGGUGAUUUUGAACAGUGGUUCCCAACCUUUUUGGCUUGUGACCCCUUAAAAUAAAGCAAAGUCUACCUGGGACGCCUCCUCACAAGUUGCAUUGUGUAUCAGACUCAUAGUUUUUUAGAGGCUUGAGGAGAUAAACUACAGUAAUUCACAAUAAAUAAAUCAAAAAUUAGUGUAAAGCUUGAAAAAUACAUUUUGUGUGUUCGAUAUGUUUUUUUUUUCUGUUGUCCUAUCCUGCCCAAUCAUCUCGCGACCUCUUAUAUUAAUCCAGCGACCCUUUGUGGGGGUCCCGAUCCCAGGUUGGAAACUACUUAUUUAACCACAGUUAUUGCUGUGUGGAUAUUUCCAUGAGCGCAGUUAAACUCCUCCUCGCUAGAGGGAGGUGUUUGAAAGCCGGGCGGACACUGGGUACCUGGGUAAUCGAGGAAACUCAAGAGAUUCCUCUCUGUAGCUAACAGUUGCUAGCCGGCUAAUCUCCUGGACAACGCAGUUGUGAUUUUUUUUAUUGUCCGUUUCAAUGUUCGUGUCUUUUCCCUUUUAUAUUGCAGUACUUUUUAAAUAGCCCGUCAGUGACAGAAACGAGGCAGACACCAACAGGAGACUUUAUAUACGCUGGAUGUUUGGCCACUGCUGCUUUCUCCCAGGAUGCUAGCACAUAAGCAAGCCAGCUAGCUAGCCAGCCUGCUAAAGUAGCCAAAUAGCAGUGCUGUCCGGAUGCUUUGAACAGAAACGCAGCGGAUUUUGGGGAGUUUCUAGUCGGCCUUGCAAGAUGUCAAGCAACCGGUCACAGCAGAGCGCUGGCGGGGCAAGUUCAGUGCCCAGCACAAGUAGCAGCAGCAGCACAGGAGGCACCGGGAACACGACCGGUGGCGGUGGGAGUAGCGCCGUUACAAGUAAUGGUAACAGUGCUGGAAAUGUUGUGCCCUCCCGGACCCUGGCAGCAGUCGGCGAGGGCGGCUUGUCGGUGCCAACUUUGGCCGCCGUGCCGUCGCCCCGGGGUGGGUUCGCCUCGCUGAGCAGACCCUCUGCGUCCUCAGGCAGCAGGAAGAAGUCCCUCCACCAAGCCCCCCUUUGCAACGGCCUCUUAAAUUCAUACGAAGAUAAAAGCAACGAUUUUGUGUGUCCGAUUUGCUUCGAAAUGAUAGAAGAGGCACACAUGACUAAGUGUGGGCACAGCUUUUGCUUCAAGUGUAUCCGCCAGAGCCUGGAGGAUAGCAACAGAUGUCCCAAGUGUAACUAUAUUGUUGAUAAUGUGGAUCAGCUUUACCCAAACUUUCUUGUGAAUGAACUGAUCCUUAAACAGAAACAAAGGUCGGAGGAGAAGAGACUAAAAUUAGAUCAUCCUAAUGGGUCCAGGUGGCAGGUCUUCCAGGACGUGUUGAGUCCUGAUCAAGAGAACUUGGACCUUGCAAAUGUCAACCUGAUGCUGGAGCUGCUGGUUCAGAAGAAGAAGCAGCUGGAGGCGGAAUCCCAAGCAGCUCAGAGACAGAUCCUCAUGGAGUUUCUUAAAGAGGCCAGGAGAAACAAGAGAGAGCAACUGGAGCAACUACAGAAAGAGCUUAACUUUCUUGAAGAGGACAUUAAGCGUGUUGAGGAAAUGAGCGGGCUGUACUCUCCAAUGAUGGAGGCAGAGUGUACGGUGCCUAAUGUAGAGGCUCCCUCACCAGCACCCAGCUGUAGUAGUAUUAUGGAGCCACCAGACUACAGCCAACCUCCAGGAUUUGGUGGAACAGCCCAGGGAAAAAGACAGACCUGGUACAACAGCACUCUGGCGUCAAGGAGGAAACGGCUGACGGCUCAUUUCGACGAUCUGGAGCAGUGCUACUUCUCCAACAAAAUGUCACGCAUCACAGAUGAAGGCAGGAACUUGAACCAGCUCGAUGACUUCAUGGAGUGUCUGUCCAAGUUCACCCGCUACAACUCUGUGCGGCCGCUGGCCACCCUCUCCUACGCUAGUGACCUCUACAACGGCUCCAGUAUUGUCUCCAGUAUUGAGUUUGACCGUGACUGUGACUACUUUGCCAUCGCUGGUGUGACCAAGAAAAUCAAGGUGUUUGAGUAUGGCACCGUGAUCCAGGAUGCAGUGGACAUCCACUACCCUGUCAACGAAAUGACCUGCAAUUCCAAAAUCAGCUGUAUCAGCUGGAGCAGUUAUCACAAGAACCUUCUGGCAAGCAGUGACUAUGAGGGUACCGUCAUCCUGUGGGAUGGAUUCACCGGCCACAGGUCCAAAGUCUACCAGGAACACGAAAAAAGGUGUUGGAGUGUCGACUUCAAUCUGAUGGACCCCAAACUCUUAGCCUCCGGUUCUGAUGAUGCUAAAGUGAAGUUAUGGUCAACCAAUCUUGACAACUCAGUGGCCAGUAUUGAGGCCAAGGCCAAUGUCUGCUGUGUUAAGUUCAGUCCAACAUCCAGGUAUCAUCUGGCGUUUGGCUGUGCAGACCAUUGUGUCCACUACUACGAUCUGCGCAACACUAAACAGCCAAUCAUGGUGUUCAAAGGCCACAGGAAAGCUGUGUCCUACGCCAAGUUUGUCAACGGAGAAGAAAUCGUUUCUGCGUCGACAGACAGUCAGCUGAAACUAUGGAAUGUCAACAAACCUCACUGCCUGCGCUCCUUCAAGGGUCACAUCAACGAGAAGAACUUUGUAGGCCUGGCCUCCAAUGGAGACUAUGUUGCCUGUGGCAGUGAGAACAAUUCCCUGUACCUAUACUACAAAGGACUUUCCAAGACACUUUUAACGUUCAAGUUUGACACAGUGAAGAGCGUCCUGGACAAGGACAAAAAGGAAGACGACACCAACGAGUUUGUCAGUGCUGUCUGCUGGAGGGCCCUGCCUGAUGGAGAGUCAAAUGUACUGAUUGCUGCAAACAGUCAAGGAACAAUCAAGGUACUCGAACUCGUCUGAAGGCCCACCGGAUCUUCUUUGUGUGAUGAGAACUACCAUCAGCCUCUCUUUGUUUGGUUGAGGAUCAGUCUGAUGCACGGAGAGGCCAGGCUGCCUGCUGAACCAGGACGCCGACACCGCCGGGAAAAGCUGAAUAAACGGAAACUGUCUUAUUUUAAUGAGCUACAAAUUUUGGACAGCAAGAAAAGACUUUGGACCAGUACAUCAGUGUAGAAGGAGAAGAUGUGCUGUCAUUUUACAGCAAAAAAAAACUGAGGACCUAGCCUGGGCACAAAACGGAACAAGAGACUUUAGAAAGCAUUUUUGUUUCUUUUCAGUAAAGUUAUAUCAGCUACAAUAGAACACCUCUUUGUGGUUUUAGGUCAAAUCAAAUCUUGUACCUUUUUUUUUUUUUUAAUUAAGCUGUUGCUCCUGAGGGUACAAUCCAGCCAAACUCUACUAGUGUGAUGCAUUUCCCUUUUAAAGGCCAAAGCACAAGAGUAAAUGACAAAAAUGAUGUCUUCACAUAAAGCUUUUAACCCCCCCUCCCUCUCCCCUCCCCAUUGUUUGUCAAUCUUGUUUUCCCUCUUUAUGUGUAGUUUUUGUGUUUUUUUUUUUUUUGUUGUUGUUGUUUUUUUUGAGGGUUUUUUUUUUUUCCAGAUUGGGAGAAACCAGUUUUAAUAAAUAUGACUUGAAUUCA